CGAACUGAACGAUGCAAUCGCUGAAAUCGAUCUUUUUUCUAGCCAUUUUGGCUUUUGCAAAAUCAAGUCCCACGGACUGUACUGUAGACGACGUGAACGAAAUAGAAUCGGUGUUAAAACAAUGCAAUAACAUAGUAAUUAACCAGUUACACGUGCCAUCAACUGGAAAUUUACCGGUUUUCAAUUUAGAUGGGAAAAAUUUGACGAUUAAUGGAAAGUUAACAUUCGAUGCACGAUACGAGGAUUCGGAAGCCCUGUUGACAUUCACAGGGGAGGAUUACACUGUUCAAAAUGGACCAGCCGGUUUGAUCGACGGUAACGGUGCUUUGUACUGGGACGGUAAAGGUGUUUUAAGCAACAAAAGAAAGCCGGUUCUAAUCAAGGUGGAAAAAUCGAAAAAUGCCAAUUUUAAUUCUCUACUCGUGAACGAUUGCCCUCAAGCUUGCGUCGAAAUCAGAAAAAGCGAUGACGUCGUUAUGAACGGCUUUACCAUUGAUACAUCUUCAGGAGAUAAAAGCGGACUAGCGGUAGACACUCACGGCAUAACCAUCAAAAAUUCGAGCAACGUUAACAUCAAAAACGGCCGGAUACUGAACCAAGGCGAGUGCGUAUCCGUCAACCAAGGCCAUUCCAUCAGGGUGUUCAGCUUGGAUUGCAUCGGAUCCCAAGGUGCAGUCAUUCGGCCGGAAUUCGCUGAAGCUAACUUUAUUCGAAACAUCAGCUUCGAGUACGUUUUCCUCACUAGAACCCAAUCAGGAAUCAGGAUCGUGACUUCUCCCAGCCAGCCGGAGGGUACCAUCGAUGAUGUCAGUUUUAAUGUUAUUCAAGUUACAGAUACUGAGUUUCGCGGUAUCGAGAUAAGACAAGAUUAUGGAAACGAGGGUCGCCCACUGGGAAAUAUAAAAAUAACUAAUUUGAAUGUAGCUUCAGUAACAGGAUAUAUGACCGAUAAAUACGUUCCAGCAGUCUACAUUUAUUGCGGCAACGACGGCUGCGCUAAUUGGCAAUGGUCUAAUAUUAACAUCAAAAAAGCUCAAGUAGAAAAUUCAUGCAAUUUCAUACCGACUGGCUUUAAUUGUUGGUAGACUACCUAUGUUAAAUUGAAAAUGUAUUACUAAUAAAUGGGAUACUAAUAAAUGAAACAUCAUCG